AUGGAUGCCUACUUCACCAAGAUGGAUUGCAUAAAUCAUAUGCCGGGACUAAUGCAAAAUGUCAGCUGUCGUCUGGAUCGAAAAUCGCAUGUGACCAGCUCAUUCUCCGUGGAGUUUGCAUUAGCCAACACGGUAAAAGAUGUCAACGGAGCAUAUAUUUUUGGUGUUAAGCGUGGCUCAACGGUUUCCAACUACACCACAAUGGAAAUUAAUUUUUGCGAGGCACUCGAAGCAUUAUAUUCAAACUAUUUGCUCAAAAUGAUUGCCGAUGAACUGCGACGUGUUGCAAAUUUUCCCCUGCAUUGUCCUUUUAAAAAGAAUAUACAAUUCUAUAUCAAGGACUUCACAAUCGAUACAAAGAUUAUACCAAGCUAUGUGCCAGAAAUUAAUUUCGUAUCGGACUGCACUUUGAUUGUCUCCCAAAAGAAGGCGUUUCAAUUAAUACUUUAUGGUCAAGUUUCUCGUCGAAAAGCGGGGCGUUAAAUAUGAACCA